AUGGCGACAGAAUGGAGCGGGCAGCAGGGUUACAUUCUCACUGUCAUUAUAUUCCUGUGGAGCGCAGUCGGCGGCCGCACAGAGACAACGGCGGCGUCCGGGGGCGGCGGAGGCGGCAGCCAGGUGCUCGGCAUGCGGCUGGAGAGGAGCGACAAGCCGUCCGGUACCAAUGACGAUGGUGUCAUCCAGGUGACCGAGGAGAGCUCCGUGCAGCUCCGGUUUUACGGGGUGCAGCUCCACUCGGGCACCUGGACGCAAAUACGCUUCACGGAGCUAACGGACAGCGGCGAAGCGGGCGAAGGCGAGGAGGAGGAGGCGGUAGCGGCGGCGAGGGGGAGCGGCAGCGGCAUGAUGGAUGCGCCCGAUAGGACUUGUGUUGACUUCACGAAGGACAUAAGCGUCGGGACCUUCAUGAACGUCAGCAGUCGGGGCACGUCGGGGCUGCUCACCGUUCACGUUAAGCCGCUGCGCAAGAGCGAGCCCAGGAAGGAGUACGCCCUGUGCACGCGGAGCGCGGACGGGAGCAGGUGGGUGCUGCUGGGGGACAGUGAUGGCAGGCUGCUGGUGCUCGAGGAGAAGAAGUCCCUGCUGCCCAUCUGGCUCCAGGCCAUCCUCAUCGCGUGCCUACUCGUGCUCUCGGGCAUGUUCAGCGGACUGAACCUGGGGCUGAUGGCGCUGGACCCCAUGGAGCUGCGCAUCGUGCAGAGCUGCGGCACCGAGAAGGAGAAGAAAUACGCACGAAAAAUCGAGCCCAUCCGCAGCAAAGGGAACUAUCUUCUCUGUUCCCUGCUGCUGGGCAACGUCCUGGUGAACACCACCCUCACCAUCCUCCUCGACGACCUCACCGGGUCCGGUUUGGGCGCCGUCGUGGCUUCGACCGUCGGGAUCGUGAUCUUCGGGGAGAUCGUGCCCCAGGCGCUUUGCUCGCGCCACGGACUCGCCGUCGGAGCCGACACCAUCAUGGUGACCAAGUUCUUCAUGUUCUUGACGUUCCCGGUGUCCUUCCCCGUUAGCAAGCUGCUGGACUUCAUGCUCGGCGAGGAGAUAGGCAUCGUGUACAACCGGGAGAAGCUGGUGGGGAUGCUGAAGGUGACGGAGCCGUACAACGACCUGGUGAAGGAGGAGCUGAACAUGAUCCAGGGCGCCCUGGAGCUCCGCAACAAGACGGUGGAGGACGUGAUGACGCCCACGGACCACUGCUUCAUGAUCCAGGCCGACGCCGUGCUGGACUUCAACACCAUGUCCGAAAUCAUGGAGAGCGGCUACACGCGCAUCCCCGUGUACGACGACGAGCGCUCCAACAUCGUGGACAUCCUGUACGUCAAGGACCUGGCCUUCGUGGACCCGGACGACUGCACCACGCUGAAGACCAUCACCAAGUUCUACAACCACCCGGUCCACUUCGUGUUCCACGACACCAAGCUGGACGCCAUGCUGGAGGAGUUCAAGAAGGGUAAAUCCCACCUGGCCAUCGUCCAGAAGGUGAACAACGAGGGGGAGGGCGACCCUUUCUACGAGGUGCUGGGAUUGGUCACGCUGGAGGACGUCAUCGAGGAGAUCAUCAAGUCUGAGAUCCUGGACGAGUCCGACCUUUACACUGACAACAGAAACAGGAAAAAGGUGGACCCAAACAAAAACAAGCCCGACUUCUCGGCCUUCAAGAACAACGCCGACAGUAAAGUGAAGAUCUCUCCCCAGCUCAUGCUGGCGGCUCAUCGUUUCCUGGCUACAGAGGUCAACCUGUUCAGCCCGUUCCAGGUCACCGAGAAAGUCCUGCUGAGGAUCCUCCGGCACCCCGACGUCAUCCAGGAGCUCAAGUUCAACGAGAACGACAAACGCUCCCCGCAGCACUUCAUCUACCAGAGAGGCAAACCUGUCGACUACUUCGUCCUCAUUCUGCAGGGGCGAGUGGAAGUGGAAGCUGGAAACGAAAACAUGAAGUUUGAAACCGGUCCGUUCUCUUACUACGGAGUCAUGGCUCUGAGCUCACCAUCACUGGAGUUUCGUUCUCCCUCACACGGGGCCAACCUCAACCGCUCGGCGUCUCUGAGCUGCGCCGAGCGCCCGCCAGAAAGCGGCUCCGUCGGCGGGAGCGUCACUCAGAUCCCCGGCACGCCCUUCCAGUACAUACCGGACUUCUGCGUGCGAGCUCUCACAGACCUGCAGUUCGUCAAGAUCACUCGCGCUCAGUACCAGAAUGGUCUCCUGGCGUCCAGGCUGGACAGCACGCCGCAGUCUCCGGAGGGCAGUCACGCUCGCCUGGACACGUCCGUCUCUGUGCCACCCGUGACGCCGCCGCCGGCGGGGACUCGCGGCCCGCUGCCGCUGGCCACGCCUCCCCCGGCACAGCGCCCGCCGCCCAGCUCCAACGCUCAGCCGCCACCGAGCAGCCGCGCAGCUCCGCCGCCGUGCAACCACACGCCCGUCUCCCAACCCUCUCCGUCCUCCGUGAGCGCAGUGACGUGCCCUUUUAACCCCCACCCGACUCUGCCCUCCAAGACCCAGCAGCAGGCGCCAUCUCCCGGCCCGGAUAACGGACCGGGAGAGACCACCACUCUGCUCAGUGAGCAGCAGAACUGUCCGGGCCUCCGCAGGCCCAGCUACAGCCUGGCACACCCACACCUCCACACCAUCAGUCACGGACACACGGAAAGCACCAUCUAA